AUGGACAACAUGAACUCGUUUGUGGAAUACUCCAUUUGUAACCGACCGGGGACCAGCGCUUAUUCUGCGCCUAAAUCUGGAUACCACCAUCAUCAUCAUCAUCAUCUGCAUCCUCAUCCCCUGGAUCAGCAUCAGGUCUAUCCCGUGACCUCCGGCUCCUUCCACACGGGACACACCGUCUCUCCAGCCCCCGUUAACGGCACGAGAAGUGACGGCAGCGCCGGGGCAGCGAGUUACUCCGGGGAUGGGCGGCUGUACGGGGGCCCUGGAGGUGGAGGAACGCACGGGACCACAGGGGCGACCCAGCAGCAUCAUCAUCACGAGCAACAACAGCAUCAGCAGACACACAACGGCUACCAUCAUCAUCCUCACCUCCACCAAACCCAGAGCUUACAAAGCGGAACACUGUCUCCCUAUAAUAACGGAAAUAGCGGCAACACCGGGGCCUAUGCGGGCCAGGCGUGCGCCACAAACUCGGAGUAUGCUAACGCGAUAGGUCCUCCCAACACUGUUCACCCGCAAUAUUUCAUGGAGGAAUCUGUGGCCCCCACCUACUAUCAUCAAUCAACCUUCCCAAGCUCGGCCCCCACCGUCGGCCCAAGCUACGGGGCCCUGGCCGGGGCCUACUGCGGGCCUCAGGGCGCUCUGGCCGGGUCACAGUACCCGCAGCAGCUUGGCGGGGGUCUGGACGCAGCAGGCUACCUGGGGCUUUCACAUGGAGGAGGUUACGGGGAACUACCGGUCUCCCAGGACCGAGAGAGGGGGGAUGAGGAGGGCCAGCAGGCAGGGCAGGGGCAGACUUUCGACUGGAUGAAGGUGAAGAGGAACCCUCCUAAAACAGUCAAAGUGUCGGACUUCGGCCUCGCGGGCGCACACAACAACGCCAUGCGCACUAACUUCAGCACGCGGCAGCUGACGGAGCUGGAGAAGGAGUUCCACUUCAGCAAGUACCUGACGAGGGCGCGGCGCGUGGAGAUCGCAGCCACGCUCGAGCUCAACGAGACGCAGGUGAAAAUCUGGUUCCAGAAUAGACGCAUGAAGCAGAAGAAGCGCGAGCGGGAGGGCGCCUCCGCUACGGCGCGCUCAUCUUCCUCCGGUACCGACAACGGUUUCAACAAGGACCUGGAGGACACCGAUCACUCCUCCGCGUCCACGUCUCCAGGCGCGUCCCCGAGCUCGGAGACGUAG